AGCUCAAAGCGACAUGACGGUUGCAAGCUAAACCACACGGGCCUUUUUUUUACUCGUGCAGGUGCAACUCAAGUAGCUGCGUGCUGUUCUACCGAGUUUCUGAGGGGCUCAUGAUGAGUGACUCACUGGAGAGGACUACAGAAUGCCCCAUGCCGCUUCUUGGAGAUGUCUCCAGCCAAGAGGCGGAGAGAAAUAGCCUGACAGGCUCAAGUGAGUUACGUUGGGAAGAUGGGGGUCUACCUGUGGAGCUGCAGAGAGGGAUGGAGACCCUACGAGUGAACAGAGAACUGACCGAUGUGAUACUCUGUGUUCAGGGACAUGACUUCUCUUGUCAUAGAGCCAUACUCGCUGCUGCCAGUCAGUACUUCAGAGCUAUGUUUUGCAGUGGUCUGAAGGAGAGUCACGAGGAGCGUGUGGAAAUGAAAGGGUUGGACAGAGGGACGAUGCACUCUCUCCUGGAGUAUACCUACACCAGCAGUGCCCUCCUUACACACUCAAAUGUUCAGAAAACACUAGAGGCUGCCAGUCAAUUUCAGUUCCUGCGUGUAGUGGAUGCAUGUGCUGGCUUUCUGAGCAAGUCUUUGCACCUAGAGAGUUGCAUUGGGAUCCUGAAUCUGGCUGAAAACCAUGCCCUGCCGGCCUUGAAGACCGUGGCUCAGGACUACAUCACCACUCAGUUCUCCCAGGUAGUGCAGCAGCAGGACUUCCUGGAGCUGCCAGCAGAGUCGCUGGAGGCGAUCCUGCAGAGGGACGACCUUGAUGUGAAGUGCGAGGAGUGUGUUUUUGAAGCACUGAUGCACUGGGUGAGAGCCCGCCAGGAUGAACGUUAUCCUUCACUGGCCAUGCUGCUUUCAUAUGUGCGACUGCCAUUGUUGGAGCCUGCUUACUUUGUAGAAAAAGUGGAGUCAGAUGAACUGAUUCGCCGCUGCAGUGAGGCUUUUCCUUUGCUGCAAGAGGCUCGCAUCUAUCACCUCUCCGGCAGGGAGGUCAGUACACAGAGAAGACCAAAAAUAUUUAAUAAAAUGCUGGUGGUCUCUGAACGAACCAAACCCCGCGUGAAGCACUUUCUAUCAGAGGUGUUCCUGAUCAUUGGAGGCUGCACUAAAGAUGAACGCUUCAUUUCCACCGUCACAUGUUUGGACCCUCUCAGGCGCAGCAGGCUGGAGGUUGCCAAGAUGCCAAUCACAGAGAUGGAGGAUGAAUCCCAAAACAGGAAAUGGGUGGAGUUUGCGUGCAUCACCUUCCGCAAUGAAGUUUACAUAUCUGGAGGUAAAGAGACACAGAAUGAUGUUUGGAAAUAUAAUGGCGCCCUGGACAAGUGGAUCCAGAUUGAGCACCUGACAACUGGCCGCUGGAGACACAAGAUGGCAGCUCACGGGGGGAAGUUGUACGCACUGGGUGGAUUUGAUGGAGUUCAGAGACUCGAUACCGUGGAGGCUUAUGAUCCCUUUCACAAUCGCUGGGUAAAGGUGACAUCUCUUGCAGUAGGUGUCAGCUCCUUUGCUGCUGCAAGCUUUGACAGAUGGAUCUAUGUAAUUGGUGGCGGGCCGAAUGGAAAGUUGGCAGCUGACCAUGUUCAGUGCUGGGAACCUGGGACAGACAGCUGGGAUCUGCGCGCGCCCAUUCCCAUCGAAACCAAAUGCACUAAUGCAGUCACAUUCAAGAAUUGCAUCUAUAUAGUUGGUGGUGCCAUGCAUGCCAUGUACUGCUAUUCACCCCUCUUGGACUCCUGGACUCUUGUGACCCGUCUAGGAGAGCGGGCGAGCUGUGCCAUCGCUGCCUGUAACAACAAACUCUUCAUCACUGGGGGACGGGAUAACAAGAACCAAGUUAUCUCCACGGUGAUGUGCUGGGACGUUGGCCGAGGGGUGUUGACAGAGGAGUGUGUUUUGCCUAUGGGUGUGUCGCACCACGGCAGUGUGACACUCAUGAAGUCCUACACACACAUACACAGAAUAGCACCUGCUUCAGAGAGCCAAUAACACAGACCUUUGUGAACGGACGUUGUUGUUGAGAGAAUGGUUAAAAAGGAAAAGUCGGGGGAAGUGACCAAAAAGGAGAUUUUCUUCGCAUUAUUAUGUUUAUUUAUGUCAAUGCAUGCCCCUUUAAAAUACUAGAAUCACUAUGUUUAACCUUUAACAGUGCAAUGUUAAAAACUAUGAUGCAACAUUAAUAACAGAUUGGUAUACAGUAUUAGAAAUCUUUUAAUACCAAUAACAUAAAAAUUGCAUAAUGAAAAAGGUUUAAAAUAAAUGUAUCCAUAUGAAUAACUAAAAAUAUGUAUAUCAACACGAGGUGUUACUUUCAUGAAGGAACCAAAGCCUUUC